UCCUCCAGCUCCUACAGCAACUUCAGUGAGUGAGCAGAGCUGACGCUGAGCUCGGCGGACGGUUCCGCCGUUUUGUCCGGUGAUGAAGCCUGCACUCAGUGCACCGGCGCACACGCUCGCGGGGAGAUCUCGCGCUCUAACCGCCCCCAAAACCUCCCGCAAGGAGCCGCGCUAAUGCCACACACUCAUCUCUCAGCCCGCCUGUGCGAUAUCAUAAGGAAAACAUAGCUACAUUGUCUUAUGCUUUUCGGAAACACUACAGUAGAGUGUAGUCACCAGGGGGCAUGCACACGGUAUUAUUGCGCUUCAGGAAACAUUGUAACCUCUGCGAUGCGCUCGCGGAAUAAUUCCGCCUCUGUGCGUGAUUCGGGAUCUGCUCGGCUAUGAAUGCAUGUGCGGCGGAGGCGCGAGCGUGCUGACGGUCUUCAUAUUGCCGUGUCGGUUGCCUUCUGUGCUGCCCCCGUCUCUUUCUCUUUCUCCUUCUAUCUCCCUCCGCCGCUGUUGGGAACUGAGCUAACAUGGCGACUGUACCAGUGUAUUGCAUCUGCAGAUUACCGUACGACGUAACCCAGUUCAUGAUCGAAUGCGAUGCCUGCAAGGACUGGUUUCACGGCAGCUGUGUGGGAGUGGAUGAGGAUGACGCACCGGACAUCGACAUUUACCACUGCCCCAACUGCGAGAAGACACACGGCAAAUCCACCUUGAAAAAGAAAAAGAACUGGAAUAAACAUGACACGGGGCAAAGUGGAGACGUCAAACCGGUUCAGAAUGGCAGUCAGGUGUUUAUAAAGGAGCUGCGCAGCAGGACAUUCCCCAGCUCAGAGGACGUGGUGGUCAAGCUCAGUGGGAAUCAGCUGACCUUGGACUAUCUAGAAGAAAACGGCUUCAACGAGCCCAUCCUGAUCCAGAAGAAAGAGGGCCUUGGGAUGACCAUGCCUGCUCCAACCUUCUACGUCAGUGAUGUCGAAAACUAUGUUGGGCCUGAUAUUCUUGUGGAUGUUGUCGAUGUCACCAAACAGACAGACAGCAAAAUGAAGUUAAAAGAAUUUGUGGAUUAUUAUUACAGCACAAACAGAAAGAAAGUGUUAAACGUCAUCAAUCUGGAAUUCUCCCAGACAAGGAUGGCUAGUAUUGUCGAGAGUCCGCAGAUUGUGAGGAGGCUGUCAUGGGUGGAGAACUACUGGCCUGAUGAUGCUCUGCUCGGGAAGCCCCAAGUAACCAAAUACUGUUUGAUCUGCGUGAAAGACAGCUACACCGAUUUCCAUAUUGAGUGUGCUGGUGCCUCUGUGUGGUACCAUGUCCUGAAGGGUGAGAAGAUCUUCUUCCUGAUCAAGCCCACCUCAGCCAACCUGUCUCUGUACGAGCGCUGGAGAUCCUCCUCCAACCAUUGCGAGAUGUUCUUCGCUGACCAGGUGGACAAGUGCUACAAAUGCACGUUGAAGCAGGGCCAGACACUCUUCAUUCCAUCAGGAUGGAUUAAUGCAGUAUUGACACCCGUGGACUGUCUAGCCUUCGCUGGACACUUUGUCCACGAUCUAAGUGUUGAGAUGCAGAUGAGGGCAUAUGAGGUGGAAAAAAGACUCAAGGUCGCUAGUCUCACUCCAUUUCCCAACUUCGAGACGGCGUGCUGGUACGUGGGGAGGCACUACCUGGAGAGGUUUAAAAGUUUACAUAAGGCAAAUAAACAACCAGCAGCUUACCUUGUACACGGUGCCAAAAUUAUCAAUGGAGCCUUUAGAUCAUGGACUAAAAAACAGGCCCUUCUAGAACAUGAAGAUGAGCUUCCUGAAAACAUGAAACCCACACAGCUUAUUAAAGACCUUGCCAAAGAGAUUCGGAUUGCUGAGAAUGCAACUAAAGCCAUAAAGAGUGAGUUGAGCAACUCCAAGCCUCCAGCAGAGGAACCCCCAUCAGCCCCUUCAGAACCAGAAGAGCCGAUGUCUCCAUCCCAUAUGUCCACUCCACCUCGAGACAAACCAGCCAGGAAAAAAGCCACCAAACCUCCAAAACCACCAAAACCACCCAAGAUGCCCAAGGCCCCAAAGCCCCCCAAAGUUCCUAAAGUGAAGGAGGGUGGCAAGAAGAAAGUGAAAAAAGUGAAAGAAAGUGGCCUGCCAGAGAAAAAGCCAUCCAGCCUGGCAGCUCUCGAGUCCCACGCAAAGGACAUCCUCAGCAAGAUGGAUCAGCCUAAAAAAGCUCCAAAGAGUGUGAUGAGCUUCAUGGAAAAAGAGACCAAUAAACAGAACAAUGUGGAGAAGUUUGAGAUGCGAGAACCCAACAAGAACAAAACAGAAGCAAAAUGGAAAUACAAGAAUAGCAAACCAGAUUCAUUACUAAAAAUGGAGGAAGAGCACAAAUUUGAAAAAACACCUCUAGGACAUAGAGACAAUAGAUUUUCGUUUACAAUGUCUCACAAGAAAUUGCUGGGGGCAAAGACACUGAAGCCGCAGACCAACUCAAGUUUAUUUGGCUCCUUACAGAAUGUGAAAGAAGAUAAAGCCAAGCCAGUACGAGAUGAGUACGAGUACGUCUCAGAUGAAGGCGAACUCAAAAUUGACGAGUUCCCCAUCAGGAGGAAAAAGGCUCCAGUUAAAAGGGACUUUUCCUUUCUGUCAAACAUCCGGGCAUCAGAGCCCAUCCAGACAUCAAAAAAGCCAAAAAUGCAAUCUUCGGAUAUUAAGACUGCAGACUCUUCAGAUGAGGAGUCGCUUCACAUAGACACAGAGGCCAAGCCAGAGGUCAAAGGGCGUAACUCCAAGGCUUGCAAAAAGAAAGGGGGCAGUGCAGCAGGGAUCCUAGACCUCCUGCAGGCCAGCAAGCAAGUGGGCGGCAUUGACUACAACAACAGUCAGCCACCUGCAUCCCCCAGUACACAGGAGGCCAUCCAGGGCAUGUUGUCUAUGGCUAACCUGCAGUCCUCGGACACUUGCCUGCAGCCAGCCUGGAACAACAGCCAGGCCAAGAGCAACUGUCACAGUGGGACGGGUGGCAAAAAGCCUGCAGCAGCCAGCAACAGCAAGCGUCCCUCGGCCAAACGGCCUCCAAAAAAACCACGUAAAAGCAGCAGCGUGGACAGUGGCGACAUGUUUGAUGACGACGAUGACCAGGACCACUUGGAUGCAUGCUUCAAGGACUCAGACUAUGUUUACCCUUCUCUGGAGUCUGAAGAGGACAGCCCCAUCUUCAAAUCACGGUCAAAGAAAAGGAAAAGCUCAGAUGACAUUCCAUACAGUCCAACAGCACGUGUUGGGCCCUCUGUACCACGACAGGAAAGACCAACACGUGAAGGGGCCAGGGUUGCGUCCAUAGAGACUGGCUUGGCCGCUGCUGCUGCCAAACUCUCUCAUCAGGAAGAGCAGCAGAAGAUCAAAAAGAAAAAGAAGAGUAUCAAAAAGAAGCCUGUGGCUGUAGAGGAGCCUCAGAAACACUCUCAGGACAGCAGUUCUCCAGAGGCAACCCUGGACUCGGAGGGUAAUGCGGCCGACCAGGAGUACGGCAGCGGAACGGUCAAGAUAGCCAGCGGCUCACAGCCCAUGGCUCCAGGAGUCUUCCUCAAUCAGAGACGUCCCUCCACUUCAUCUCCAAACAAUGCCUCAGCACAGCCAGCAAAAGUGGAACGUGGCAACUCGACAGAUGCCAAAGCCAAACGGCUAAAGAAAGGCAUGGCAACAGCCAAACAAAGACUUGGAAAAAUCUUAAAGAUCCAUCGGAACGGGAAGCUCCUCCUGUAACAGGAACAGUGGAGGGGAUUUGACAUUUUCUCCUGACGUUCUUAUGGACACAAUGGACUAGCCGAUCCGAUCCCUCCCUCUCUCUCCCCCCUCCCCCAGACUGUGGACAAGAACUGAAAGACGGAAGGGGAGUGUGCGAGUCACGCAACUUUUUCGAUUUCUAAGAAGAGCUUAGGUCAGAAUAGGUUUUUGCUUCUACUUAUACUUUAUAACUUUCAGAUAUUAAAAAAUGUACAGAAUACCUGCUAUUAAUAUUUUGUAAGAAGAAUUUGUCUUGUUUUACUACAGCUGUCAGUCUAUCAGGGGUUGCAAAGAUAUUAUAAAAUAAUAAAUAGCAGUCAUUCCAAGAUAAAGAAAGUAUCCCUUGCAUGUAUCCAGUUGCAUGCAUCGGUAGAGAGGGCUGGGAUGGGGGUUAAAAUCAAGGAAUUCGUUUCUACUCUUUGGAUGUGGCUUAUCAUUGUCUUUCGAUGUUGAAUAAGUAUUACUGAACACUUUUUCGUUCAUUUUCACAAUGACUGCCCCACAUGAGUCCAACCCCACCAUAUUUCCUAUUGUCUUGUGGUAAAAGGAUAUUUUAGAAUGAGUUACUUUUGUUUGCUGAGCACUAUCACUAAUAAUAUUUAUUGACCUAAUAUAAUUGUAUGUCAUAGAUAGUUUGAGGAACGCCAAAAGGCACUUAAAGACAUCAACAAAGCACAAAACCGUGAUAUUGUGAGUAGUUUUAAAUGUCUUUUUAUAACAGCUACUGUGAACCAUGAACUGAUAAUAGGACUUUUUUCACAGACAAUAAUAGCCAAAUUUGGUUUCAUGGAACCAAAAUCAUCGAAUUCAUAAAAUUUCCUGAUAUCUCAGUACAUGCAAAUCAUAUAUUAACCAUAAUAGGUUCAUUAUUUAAAAUAAGGUCAUCUUUCACAUUAUAAAGAAUUAGAAAUUUUAUGUCCAGCACACUAACAGGUCAUACUGAUAACUGCUAGCAACACUCAAAGUAUUUUUUAAAACCAGAUUCUUUUCUGACAAUUUUACAUCAUCGUGUUUAUCCCUGAAUAAAUUUUGUCUUUUGUAUGAAAUGAGUUUCAUGUUACUGUAAUGUACUGAAAAUGUAGCUUCUCUUUUUUUUUAAUUCAUAUCCUAAAAUGAUCUAAACAAAAACACUAAUUACAUGGGACCUUGAGCUCUGAUAAGCCUCAUCCACAUUGAUGUGUAUCACUACGUUAGGGAUACUUUCUCUCCUUUGUUGGUCUCGCAGGCAGCACCCAUUAAACCUAGACUGAAAUAUGCAUUUAUAUUGCUUCACAGUACAGUAUGUAGAAUGUAGCCUGUAUAUAGCUUUUUAAAUGAAUACGUUUUGUAUCCUUUUUCCUUAAUACUUCAUUAUACAUUUUUACUAGUUUUUUGCAAAGUGUAAACAAGAAAAAUAUAUAUAAAGAUAUAGAAAUAGUCAUUUCUUUCUAUUUUUUUUUUUUUUUUUUUUUGGUAGAUACACAAUAGCUGAGCUUUUUUUAUUUUAACCAUCUUACUUUGUCCUUUUUAUUUUGUUAGACAACGGUGUUGCCUGGAGAACAAAAGCAUCAUCAUUGCAUAACAUCUCAUAUGGCCUUACAUAAACAAAACUACAUGUAUUGUACUGAAUCAUUUACACAACUUUGAGGGGGGAAAAUGUCAAGUCAAAAUUAAAGUUUCUACAACCAGCCUCAUGUUUUGGGUUCAACUGCCCUUACUGGGAGUCAAAGUUCUUUUACUAGCACCUUGUGAAGUGUUGUCUGUGUCAGUGAUGUAAUUUAUUAAUGUUUGUAGCCUUUUAUACUUGUAUAAUUCUUAUGAAAUUUUGAUUUGAAUAUUUUAUCAGUGUGAAAGCCCCAUAGGAAACUUAUCAUUAAAAUGCCUUGUUGAGUUCCACAAAACUCAUUUUUGCCUUUUAUUUUCAUAUUGUCAACUGAAACAGGUCAUUCAUUUGAAUUGUUACAUUAUUAUUAUUAUUAUUAUUAUUGUCAUCACGCAGCUCUUUUAAAAACCUUAUGCCAUGAACUUUAUUUUGAUAACAGAAUAUGUACAUUCUCAACAAGGUUUGCUGAUCAAUUUCAGUGUUUUAGUUAUCAAUGUAAAUCUUGUAUCCACCUUUUCUGGAGUGAAAAGCACUCAGCUCGAUCUUUGUCAAUGGAACUAUUUCAGGUUUUAUUUGUACAAAAAUGUGUGUUGCUUUGUUGUGGUUUAUUUUUAUAUGUUCAAACCAAUUAAACACAUCCACUGUACCAGGGCAGUGAAUGAUACCUCUUA